AUGUCUGAGAAGCAGGUCAUCAGCAAGUGGAACAACCCGGAGUUCCUCCACAGCCUGAUGCUCGCCCUCUACGGCCAGCUCAAGGGCAACCUCAGCAAGGAGGCCAAGGACACGAUCGAGGCGAAGAUGCAUCGCGACGGCUUUGAGGAUACCACCUGGGAUGGCAUCCGCCUCCGCAACCUUCACGUGCCCUUUUCCGUCCUAUAA